UUCUAGUUUGUAAUGGUUAAAGACGUAUAUAAAUGUCACUGUUGUUAAUUUAUUAAGAAAUAUAUUGUAAAUAAACUAAAAUUUCUGAGACGUUAAGAUUUUCAUUACACCAUAAUAAAAUGAGCAGUUCACAGAGCACAGACGUGCAAGUCCAAGUACGACUCUUCACCAAACAAGAACAAUAUGCUAUUCCUGAUUCACCAUGUUGGAUUCCAGUAUCUUCUACUAUUGAAACUUUAAACAAUCUUGUAAAUGCAAUAAUUCUAGAAUCACAAAGUGACAGACAACAUGUGGAUUUCGACUUUCUUAUAAAUAAUGAGUUUUUGAGAUUGCCACUUGGUGAGCACUUGCAAAGCAAAGAAAUAUCUACUGAAGAUGUCAUUGACGUUGAAUACGUUGAGAGACAUCCAUCUCCUGAACCUCAGGAUUGUCUCAUGCAUGAUGAUUGGGUGUCAUCAGCUCAAACCUUUGGAAAAUGGAUAUUGACUGGCUGUUACGAUGGUACAGUCCACAUAUGGACAACCAAAGGUACCGAAGUCCUUACAAUACCAGCACAUGCAGAUCCUGUAAAAGCAGUUGCUUGGAUAUCUGUGAAUGACAAGACAUCAACAUUUGUUAGCGUAUCACAUGAUCAAAGCGCACACAUUUGGCAAUGGAAUAUAUCAGAUAAUGCUGUUGAAUGUGUUGUUGUUUGCAAAGGUCAUGAACGUGGAUUAGAAUGUGUAUCAGUCAAUAAAGAUGGAUCUCUAAUGGCAACUGGAAGUUGGGAUACUUUUCUUAAAAUUUGGGGUGCUUCUUUAGAAGAUACAGAUGCUGGAGAGUCUUCUAGUAAACGUUUGAAGGGUGAUAAUGGAAAAGUUAGAAUACCACAAAUGACUUUACAAGGGCAUAAAGAAGCCAUAUUGUCAGCUCAAUGGAUCGAUACAAAUACAAUAGCUACCGCUUCAUGGGAUCAUACAAUAAAAUUAUGGGAUGCUGAAUUGGGUGGAAUAAAAAGUGAAAUUGUGGGAAAUAAAGCAUUUUUCGAUUUGGAUCAUUCCACUGUUAACAACAUGAUAAUUACAUGUUCUGCAGAUAGACAUGUUAGGCUUUAUGAUCCACGGUCCAAUGAGGGAAGCCUAGUAAAACAAACUUACACAUCCCAUACACAGUGGGUUCAGUCUGUUUGCUGGUCAAAGAAUGAAGAACAUUUGUUUUUGUCUGGUGGAUAUGAUAAUCAAGUGAAACUCUGGGAUUGCAGAAGCUCCAAAGCACCAUUAUUUGAACUCUCUGGACAUGAAGAUAAUGUUCUUACUUGUGACUGGUCAAAUCCAAAAUACAUGGUAUCAGGAGGAAAAGACAAUACUGUUCGAAUAUUUAAGUCAAAAAAUGCUAAUAAGAAAGAAUUAGAGAGUUAAAUAGAAUGAAUUAGUAAAAA